UACUUACCAGUAGUACUGUAUUUGUAUUAGAACCCUGCGUCUGCAGUUUAAUAACAACACAGAAGUUUUGCAUUUCGAAUUUGAGAAUUCCCGAGUUUUUGUUGUUGAAGACUUAAAAGUAUCAAGAAAAUUCUGUUAUGUGUUAGAUUCUUUCACUUUAAAGACGAAUUACUCGAUAUUACGAAACCUUUUGUUAUUAUAUUGGUAUUGUUGAUUCAAAAGCUUAAACUAACUUGUGUCGUUAUGGCUGCAACAGAACCUAUUGACGUGAGGAAAAAUAGAUACCCUUUUUGCAUUGUUUGGACUCCUAUUCCGUUGAUAACGUGGAUAUUCCCGUUUAUUGGACACAUGGGGAUUUGCACAAGUUCAGGAAUUAUAAGGGACUUUGCUGGUUCCUACUUUGUUUCUGAAGAUCAAAUGGCAUUUGGAGAUCCUACAAAGUUCUUGCAGCUUGAAAUAUCAAAAGUUCCGGGUGGUGUUUCUGCUUGGGACCGAGCCAUCCAAGAUGCUUCUGAAGAAUACAAAAGUCAUAUGCACAACUUGUGUUGUGAUAACUGCCACUCACAUGUUGCUCUGUCAUUGAAUAAUAUGGCAUACCCUGGAAAGAGAAAUUGGAACAUGGUUGCUGUAUGUUGGCAAAUGUUAUUUCAUGGCAAGCACAUUGGUUGUUCAGGAUUUUUGAGAACUUGGGCCCCGUCAAUCUUCCUUCUCACAGUAAUUGCUGUGAUUGUGAUUUUUAUAGCUUGAUAAACCAGCCCUGAUUGAGGGAAACCCAUAAUUAAAUGCUAAACUGCUUCAAUAAAGUUUUUCAUGUCACAUGCA